CUGUCGUGAAGAAUCGCUGGUUGGCUCACGUGCACCAAACAAAACACAGACGGUAGGUUGACAUGUCUGCAGUUUAAUGGUUUUUGUGCUGCUGCCGUGCAGCCCGGGCCGUUUCUCAAAGACUCGUAACGCUUUCUCAACAUCUGCAAAUAUCAAGGUGGACACAGUCUGGUGAGAAAUGGCAGAGGGGGGCUUCGACCCUUGUGAGUGCAUCUGCACCCAUGAGUACGCUAUGAGACGCCUCAUCAACCUGCUCAGGCAAUCUCAAUCCUACUGCACAGACACAGACUGCCCUCAGGAAUUGCCAGGUCCCACUGGGCCAGUCGGCGGAGGAGGUGAGCUGACCCUCCCCAUGAUUCUGAUGGGAUGGGCGGUGCUGGCUCUGCUCCUGUUCCUGUUGCGCCCAUCCAGUCUCAGGGGUAACCGUCCCACAGGAAAACCAUCUGGACCCCACAAUAGUGAUGGAAGAGAACCUCCAGCACCACCUGUUGACUAACAGUGGAGAGUACCAGCACUCACCCACCCGCUCUGACUGGAGCUGCACAGUUAGCUAGUGACUGUGACCAGGACAGCACCAUCUCCCCGUCAUUCAGAUAUCUUUUGCUUUUCUCCUAUUUUAAUGCCAUUGUGUUUUGGGGUAGAUCUGUCUUUGAUUUCUGUUACUAGAGUCCAGCUGAUACUGAAUUAAUGAGGCCAAUACAGAUAUAUUCCAAAGUUGUGAAAAAUCUUUUUUUUUUU